UCCUCCUCCUCCUCUCUGAGUGGACAUACUUACCCUCCCUCCCCCCUCUUUUCCCUCGCUUCUCCCCCGUCUCCCUCUCCACCUCCUCCCCACAUCUUUUCCUUUCCUCCCCCUCUCGAUUUCCUUCUUGUCGCUUCCUAACUCCUCUCGUCGUUGAGUUUUCUCGUGGCGUCUGACCCGCUUCUCUGCCCGGGUACCAGCAUGAGCUGGCUGAGCAGGUUGAACCCGCGGGCUCCCGGGAGUCGGACCGGCCGGAGUGCCGCCCCCUCCGGCCCCUGCACCGCCGACCCGGAGACCUGCCUCAUGGUGUUUGAGAACCACUGGAGACAGGUCUCCUGGGUGUUGGAGCAGCAGGAGCCCUCGUCCUCCAGCGACGACCUGACGGCGGUGAGAAACCACACCGACCAGAUGCUGUGUCUGCUGGCAGAGGAGCGGCCCGCCGAGAGCCCGGAGGGCGUCGCCGGCGUCGCGCCCAUGGGCCCCAUACUGGAGCUGGUGGUCACCGAGAACAUCCUGGAGCACCUGGUCCAGUGGCACCUCCGCCGCGGCCUGGACCCGGACAGCCAGGGGGCGCUGCUCAAGCUGUUCGAGAUGCUCAUCGGCCAGUCGCAGCAGCCGCUACUGCAGCACACCGCCGUCCUCCACCCACUGCUGAGGCUGCUGGGAGCGUGCGCCGACCCAGAUCUUGGUUGUCCUCCAGCUCUGGAGAACAGCCUGGUGCUUCUGCUCAACCAGAUCUGCGUGUCCAUGGCCCGGCAGCCGGUGGUCCUGGAGAUGUUGUUUCGGGCGGCACCGGCCCAGCAGGGCUCCACCAAUCUUCUCAUCUUCUCCCUCCUGGUACCGUUCAUCCACCGGGACGGAGCCAUCGGACAGCAAGCCCGCGACGCGCUGCUGCUGGUCAUGGCGGCCUCGGCCAGCCACGAGGCCGUGGCGCGGUACAUCGCUGAGAACUCCUACUUCUGCCCGGUGUUGGCGACGGGCCUCAGCGCUCUCUACUCCUCUCUGCCCAGGAAGAUUGAGGUCCGGGGGGACGACUGGCACGCCCUGCGGCGGGAGGACUGGAUGAGCGUGUCGUCGCUCGUGCUCUUCAUGAACUCGCUGGAGUUCUGCAACGCUGUGGUGCAGGUCGCUCACCCGCUGGUCCGCUCCCAGCUCCUCGACUACCUCCACAACGGCUUCCUCGUACCCGUCAUGGGCCCCGCGCUGCAUAAGUCGUCGGUGGACGAGAUGAUCGCCAGCACCGCCUACCUGGACCUCUUUCUGCGCAGCGUGUCGGAAACGUCCCUCCUCAAAACCUUCCUGCGCUUCAUCCUGCUGCAUCGCCACGACAACGACACCAUCCUGGACACCCUGCUCACACGCAUCAGCAGCAACUCACGGCUCUGCAUGGUGUCGUUGAGCCUCUUCAGGACUCUUCUGUCCCUGAACUGUGAAGACAUCAUGCUGCAGCUCGUUCUCAGGUAUCUCCUGCCCUGUACCCACGUCAUGCUGAGUCAGCGUCGCGCUAUCAGGGAGACGGACCUGUACGGAAAGUCGGCAGACAAGUUCCUGUCGCUGAUCCCAGAGUGCUGCCGGCUGAAUGCAGCGUCCACCGCUGAGCGGGACGAGGACGGUGCAUUGUGGGGCAAAGUAGUGAACAGUCCCAGCAUAGAGUCUCCAGCUCCGCCCAGACCCAGCACCCCAUCCCGCUUGGCCUUCUUCAUCCGCCAACAGAGCAGCGGAGGCGGAUCAGGAGGAGGGGGGCCCUCCACCCCCACCAGCACGGAGCCGCUGCAGCCGGGCGCCUCAGCCCUCCCCCUGUCCCCCGACAGCCCGAUGCACCAGCAGCAGACAAACACAGAGUGUCUGGACUGGGAGUCGGGCUACCUGGAGUACCUCAAAGACUCCCGUCGGGGCAUCGAGAUUUGCUCCUGGGCCUGUCGGGACUGGUCGGCGCCCUACGACGGAGAGAACCCCUCGCCGAGCGCGGCCCCUCCACCCCCGCCUCCCCCCUCCAACCCGACCAUGGCCAUGUUCCCCGAGCACUUCUCUCUCCAGCAGGGAGGAAGCAGCAGCACUCCUCCGGGCCAGCAGAGGGCGGCCGUUGUUGCCGCCGCGCGGUCCGAGUGGAGCAGCUCGGAGCGGGACAGCGGCGAGUGGGACGUUACCAUCGGCAAAAACAACUGCAUCAGCCUCACGCCGCGCUCCAAGAAACGCAGCCUGCAGAGGGAGGAGGUCCUGCCGAAGCCUCUACCUCGUCUCGUCCCCUCCACCUCUUCCUCCUCCUCAUCCUCAGCUACCCCUUUAUCAGCCUCCCACCCCGCCUCGUCCCCAGCACCUCACAACCCCACCUCUGCCAUCACCGUUAGCUACCAGGCCAUGUAUAACGGAACGGCGGGGCAGGGGGACGGGAGCUCAGACAAUCGGGACAGAGGACUGGAGGUAAAGAAAGUGAAGAGGGACUUGGGGGAACAGCAGUAUUUGGAUGAAAACGCCAAUCAGAAUGGAUCCCUUGUCACCUGCUCCUCGCAAAGCUGCGCCGCUCUGCCUCAGCCCAUUUUUAACGACAGCGAAAUGAACGACGCAAAAUCGCUUUGCCCCAAUCAGAUUUCCUCUCAAAGCCCUGUCGCCCAGCCAACGUCUGACGCCAAACCGCAGGCCAGCGACGUCUCGAACCCGCACUCCGAUCUUCCAGAAGCCAACCAGACGCCACAGUCCGUUGAGAGUCUCAUCCGGGAGCUGCUGGAGCAGGCGCCGGGAGAGCCGCAGCUACCUGGAGACUCCAACGGCCAGGGCAUCAGCAUCGAGGCCUUCACGCAGGAGCUGAGGGAGCUGGAGGACCGGGUGAGGGAGCGCGGCAGAGCGGCGUGCCAGCAGGAGGAAACCGCCAGAGAGGGCCUGUCCUCUGAGCGGCAGCAGCAGCAGCAGCAGCAGCAGCAGCAGGAGGAACAGCAGCCGUCCAAGGCACCGGAGGCAAAGACGACGGGCGACACGAAGGGAGACGGGCUCUUGGUGGGCCUCUGCAGUCCUGCCAGACCGCUGAAUCAGCCCGCGUCUCAGCCGUACACAGGUCCGUUCAUGGUGGUUCUGUUUGCCAAGCUGGAGAACAUGCUCCAAAACUCGCUGUACGUCAACAUCCUGCUCACGGGCAUCGUGGCCCAGCUGGCCUGCUAUCCUCAGCCCCUCCUACGAUCCUUCCUGCUCAACACCAACAUGGUCUUCCAGCCCAGCGUCAAGUCACUGAUCCAGGUUCUAGGUUCUGUGAAGAACCGCAUCGAGGCGUUCGCUGCCUCUCAUGAGGACUUCCCCGCCAUGCUGAGGAAAGCCCAGCAGUACCUGGUGGCCCGAGGCAAAGUGGACUGGGCUGACUCGCCCGCCGCUGUUCCCACCCUGCGGCGCUCUGAUUCAUUAGUGAAGAGUCGUAAGCCAUCCCUCGGAGACCUGAUCCUCCGCCACACCAACAGCCCGACCCGGGCCCGGCACGCCGCCCAGCUGGCCCUCGCGCACGUGCGGGACGGCAGCCCGCUGCACAGCGCUCUGUUCAAGGGCGGCGCAGGCGGGGGGGCCUCGGGCCUGGAGAAGCAGGCGGAGGCGCUGCGGGUGAAGAACGCCGUCUACUGCGCCGUCAUCUUCUGCGAGUUCCUGAAGGAGCUGGCCGCCCUGGCUCAAGAGCACGCCGUCACUCUGCCCUUCCCCCACAGCCAGGAGGCAGAGGAAUAGACGGAGAGAAUGACUCCUCAAAUCUAGCUCUUAGCCGACCAUUUCUUUUUUUGAUUUGGCUGUAAAGAUAAAGAGUCCAGUAGGAUUCUCCCAUCGCCAGAGGACGAACUGGAGCACUGAGACUUUUGUAGUAUGUCGUUGUGCAAUGACACAGACAAAAAGCAAGAUUUCUUUUGUACCAAAAUCAUUAUAGGAUACCUAUAGGACUGGAAGAAUUUCCCUCAUCUGUAAACUUCUACGAUAUUGUGCAUAUCUUGUAUUAUAUUUACAUUCUAUACACAGAGAAUCUCCGUAAAGGCUUGAGAUUUAGGAGCUUGUACAUACACAUUACCACGUCAUGGUAUAAUGUGACACGGCGAAGCCACAGAUAGAAGAAAUAGGUGCACACGUCGGUGCUAGUCUCUCUGUUUUAAGUUUAAAAACUGCUUUUUUUAUUUAGGCGGCACAGACGAGAAAAAGGUUUCGUCCUCAACAAAAUUGUAACAAAACACCAAAAACAGAGCGUAGACGCGUCUAUCAACCGCAACGUGAUCCAAUAGGUAAACAGGAAGUGUUCCUAGGAGCAUCUCAAGUGUCCACUUUUAUUCUUUUAAAAGGCUGAACACGAUGAAAACUGGAACACACAGGUGAGCGAGGGUGACACUCUCUCUCCUGUGAAUCAGCACGGCCAACACAAUAGUACUGGAAAAAACUUUUGGGUAAUGAUUACCAUUAUUUUAUAUUUUUUUAACAUUUUUUUUUUUUUUUUUGCAUUUGCAUUUGCACCAUUUUCUAGACAUAUCAACACCGCGUGGGAGCAGGGGGUGGUCUGCCGGUUCCUUUCCAAAAACAUAGGUUGACGCCAACUCUCCGGGCCAUCAGUGAGCCAUUCACCUGUUGCCAUAAAGGAGGCCGUGGGAGUUUGAAAAGGCAGCACCGCUUUGCAAAGUCGUACCUUUUGUGUGUCAUUUACUCUUUUUUAAAAAGAAGGAAGAGGGAAGGAAAAAAAAAAAGGCGAGAAGGGAAGGUUUCCUUUUUUUAUUUUCUUCUAGGGAGCGUUGCUGUCAUUUCCAUUUACUUUGAACUGACAUUAUGAAAAAAAGGUCACGAGGCAUUCACUGACUUUUUCUUUUUAAACAGAUCUUUAUUGAGAGCUCAAAGUGAAGCUCUUAAGAAGCAAUCUCAACUUCCGUUUUUUUCCAUCUUAAGUUAGCUUCAAAAUAUUGUCUCUUUUGGAUGAGACGGGCCAAACCGAACACGCAACCGUUCCAAUCCUGGAACUUAAAAUGCUGCUAUUUGUUUUCUUUUAACACUAACGCCCAUUUUGUUCUCGGUGUAAUUUCAUUUGUUUAGGUACCAAGUAUAAAUGUGCAUGUGAGGUUUUGCCAGUGUUGUGAUCGGCAUUUAAUUUAUGUUUGUGCGUCUGAGGUUGAAUGAGGUCGCAGCCGCACAGUGUUAAAAGCAUUUUGCCAAGACUUAAAUUCUUUUUGAUAUUUUCUUUUUCCCUUGACGUUCAGAAACCUUUUUGAGGCGCUGAAUUGUUGCGUGUUGAUAGUUUGUUUUAUAAGAGAGCAACUCUUUAUUCAAUAGGUCUGUCGGUUUAUUAUUCAUUUUCAGUAAACUAUUAGGAAAUGGAGGACACGUAAGAUGAAGCAUCUCCAGUAUGACUGCUCUGUAAAAUCUAUGCCCCCACUCUUUGUGAAUACGUCCGGAUUCCUGCACAUACUAGCCAUUCUCUCUCAAUGCCUGCCAUCCUGCACAGUCUUAAUCUUUGAGAUUGAACACCGCAUCAUCGUUUUUUGACAACCGUUUCAUCCGAACACGUCGUCGCCUCCUCAGCUCGUCAAAGCUGAGGAGGCGAUGUAAAUGUCAUUCUCCGUUCCACUUUUCUAUGGAAUUUUCUAGACACCUUUUCUUAUCACCCUGCGGUUUUACUGCCGUUAAUCAAGAGUCUCUGCAUGCAAAUUAAGGCAAGGUUUAUAAUUAGAUAGUGUAGGGUAAGGUUUCAUGGGUUGUGUGAUGGUGCUGAGCACUAAAGGGUAACUUAGGUAUUUUUCAACCAGGAUGUUUUAGUGUCUAAUUUGCACAAUUCUUUUUGAAAUUGGUCCGUUUAGUAUUAAAGGAGUACAAGUGAAUUUUAAGUUUUCCGUACCUUUCGCUUGAUGCGAUCUGUCGGUUAUUGUGUCUCGCUCAACUUAGUCUCAUUCUGGAAUCUCUCCUCACAUCCACAUUCUCAUAACGUUCUUAAUAUUCAGACAUGACAUUGAAAAUCUUUCAGGAAACACCAAACUACGCUUUCUGUACUCCGGCACAGCAAACUCCUCCAACACAACUCCGACAAACCCCGGCACUUCUCUCUCUCUCUCUCUCCAACACUCAGCCCACAUGUCCACCGUUUGUCUCCUGGCAACAAGUCACAUGACACAAUAACAGAGAAAAGAAAGCUUGUCAGACACUUCUAAUAACAGUCGGAUCUGUCAGUCGCAAAAACAAGUUUGCCCCGGAGCGAUUUACAUUGCAGCCUGUUUAGCGGCUACCAAUAGUGGACCAAUUUCAGAAAUCUUUUGUCACCAUUAGUCACUUAGACACAAAAACAUGUGGAAAGGGGUCCAAUGUUUAAAAGCUCUCAUGUAAAUCAGCUUCCAUGCAGUGGGUUUUUAGUGGUUAGUGAGUCAUCCCGCUCCCUGAGAUCAGUGACGGCAAAGAAGUAUUUCACACUGAAUGUUUGCUCCCGCUGAAUGAGAUGGGUAGAGAAAUGACCCACUGCCAUCCGUCCAUCAGUCUGUUCACCGAGUCAGAUCAGUGUCUCCCUUUCACAGAUGUGUAAAAAUAAAAAAAAUAAAAAGGCCAAAGGGUCUCACUCCUCACCAGGUUCCUCAGCUUUUACACUCAAGAUUGUGUUUUUUAACUAAACUAUUUUUACAAACAGUUCUGUUAGAGAAAGGUGGUGUGUUCUUAGUACCGUCACUUCCUCGGUCAGUCGUUCAGUCACAUUGUAACGCAGCCGUUUCACUCAGUUAUGUGUAAUUCUGUGAUACAUUCAUGGACACCAAAGAGGAUCUCCAUCCAGUGUCUCUGUUUAAGCAAUCAGACCGUUUCAUGGCACGUAAUCUGUAACGAACCAUAUUCAUGCUUUUUUACAUUUUUUUUAUUUGAAAGUGCAAAACAGGUGCGUAAUACAGUCUCAUUAAAAGUAAAAUUUAGGUACAAAGAAAAUGUUAAAAAAACAUAAAAAGAUAAAAUGGUUCUCACCAAGCUCAUUAGACAGGGCCAGGUGUGUUUUAGAGACUCGGCUGUUUAUGAAUAAAAUGGGACUGCUCAAUAACCCUGAGAUGCAAAACUUUUUUUUUUAGCCCCUGCACACCUGUCGUCACUUUCUGCAGUCAUUUUUCACUGCUUACUGUAUUUUUUUUCAAUAUUACUUUUAUUUUAAUAUUUUCAGCAUUUAAGAACGCGACAAAAAUUGUAAAGGGACUUUUUUAUAAGGGAUUGCUUUUCCCCCACCAGGGACUUUGCCGUCUUCCCGGAGUAGACCGUUGACAGUUAGUAAGCUUAUUCUAGUGCAGAGCUGAUAUGGAGAGAAUCAAUUAGCACACAGUGAAAUGAUAUAACAGGGAGUUUGGCAAAUAUAAUGAAGGCUGCGGGUUUACCUUGAUAGAUUACCUAGCUUUAUGGAAGUUGUUUUUCACACUCCACAAGAAAGGCAGCAAAUAGCUUCCUCUGCUGGUAGAGAAGUGAGUCCGCCAGCCGUCCCCCCCCACAUUUUGGAAAGUUAAUUUGUUCUCGUAUUUCUUUUUUUUAUGCGCAGCAACUAUGACAGCUGGAUGCUGAAGCAGAAACAGAAACGUCUUUAAUUGCAGCUCCUUUUAUAACCACCAGAAACAUCUUACUGUAAUGGAGGGACAGCGAAAACCAAGUUAAGGAACAGUGUCUAGCAUUUAGGGGGGGCGUCAGUAGAUUGCUGCAAGUAUGAGUUUCAGCUGGUAGCAAUCUGCAACCUCACCACUAGAUGCCGCCAAAUUCUACACACUGCAUCUUUAAAAAUAUAUCGGUUUAGUGUAUGGUUGUCUUAAGGAGUCAAGGCCUCAAAAUUCAGCUGUGGUGGUUAAUGUUUCCUUGUCUCACCUCAGCUAUACUUACAGACUCAAUUUUCAUUGUGUUAACUGACAAAAGAUGGUAGUGGGAGUGGUAAACCCAAAGCUAAGCUUAAGAAAAUGUUUUUUUUUUUUUUUUUUUUUCUGCUGUCCGUUUUUCAGAUGGAUAUACUUGAACACUACAAAUGAUCUAUCAAUGAGUUGAAACUAGAAUCAGAUCCUUCCAAUUCACAGUUGUUUUAGUCGUGGCCUAUUUCAGUGCAUGUUAUGUUUUGUAUAUUUAAGUUGUGAGGCAAACACACUGCAAACGGCAAGCCAAAGUGUUAAACUGUCACUAACUUGCAUUUGCAUUAUCAUAACAGCACGCCCCUUUAGUUUCAGGGACGGCUCUGAUUGGCUGUUCCAUCACAUCAACACGGUUUUUCAUUUUGUUUUAAAUGCACACAGUUAGUUUAUUUCUGCAACAGAUUUUGACUGUAUGACUGUAAAAACAGAAACUGUCCGUUUAUAUUUGACAAUAUAUUAUACGGUUCAUCUCAAGGGACAUUCACAGCUGUUUUCUUAAUGCAUCUUAUACAGAUAUUUCAUGUUUUGACUUUGUUAUGCUUUAUCACGGGAUGUACAGUAUCUUAGAUCUUUUCUUUCUUUUUUUUUUUUUUUUUUUUAAGCUGCGACCCCCCCCCCCACACACACACACACCCCACUCCACCCCCACACACACCUGACGGAUUUCUCCCCCGUGAUCUAUGCAAAACAUGCUCUGGUGUCCCCCGUUUGAGGCCGAAGGAUGAAGUGGACUGAUUUAAUGUGUAAAUACUGUAAGAAAAAGAAAUGGGUCGAAAAUGUAGAGGUGUGUGACAAAGCCAACAGGAAAGAAUGAAGAUCAUGCUAAAAAUUAAUGUAAUGAUGAAUGUUGUCAGAAAUAUUUUUCUAUAUUUUGAAAUCAUUAGAAAAACAAAAGGACAAAAAUACGAAGUGGGAGAAAAGCUGUCAGAAGAACACUACAAAGGGAAUGUUUCUAUUAAUUUAUAAAUUCUUUGCCUAGCAA